GCGGUUGGUGGACACAGCUGGAGAGGUGGGGGUUUGCAAAAAAGCGAUAGCAGGACAAGGGACCGCCUGUGUGACGGUGGACUCCGUGGCAGCAAGGCGACUCACAUGUGGACCCGGGCAGACUACCCCAUCUGAUACCACACAACUCAUCAGCCAGGAUGUGCUGCAGGGUAUCCACUUGCUGCUGCAUCACGAAUCUGCGGCUCGCCACGCUCAUCAUUGCCGUCCUCAGUUUGAUGGGCAACGUUGGGGUACUUGCCUACACGUCGUGGGACAUCAAGAUGAGCAGGCUGAUCUUGCAGCAGUUGCUCAAAGACGCCGGAUCGGGGGAGAAGGACUUGAUGCUAGUGAGAAGCUACAGAGUCGGUAUGGCGAUUAUAUCGGUGAUCUUGGUGCUGUCCAUCGCUGCCAUUCUCCUAGACGUCGUGCUGUUCUUUGGAGCUUUUAGACGCCGACGGGACCUGGUGCAGUGUUGGACACACGGACACGCGGUAGUGUCUGGAGCUUACCUGGUCUACUUCUGGUUUGUGCUCGUGAACAACUUCGCCGCUGGCUUCAUCCUAUCUGGCUUCAUGUUUUUGGCCUCAACCAUCAUCGCCGCAGUGGUGACGGUGUACUUCUGGAUAGUAGUGCGUAGCUUCGACCUCAAGCUGCAACGGACCAACUUGAGAACAGUGUCUGGCAGUUGCCGUCCACCCAUCACCAAGAGUUACGAGCCGGCACCAAUGCGCCCGAGUACUUUGUCUGAUACCGACAGACCGUUACCGGGAACACUUUAUUCGCCCCCACCCUAUACCAGCAAUCCCUAGACCGGACCCACAUCUGCCACUGCUCCAGGUUUUAGACUUUCUGCUACUUUUAGUCGAUCACCAUAUCACAUCCGACUUACGCAGCACAGCUGGAAUAAAUCAAGUUUGUGGCUGACAGAUGGUAAGCCGAUAAACGCCAUGUGCUCUAGCAUUCGAUACUCACGUGAGCAAUGAAGAUGAAAUAAAACUGUGGACUUGCAGAUUAAGGAGGAGACUGGAAUAGUGGUGGUGACAGCUGGAUCGGCAGCUGUAGUAAAUGCAUCUGCCAACAGUACGUCUGAGAAGUCCCCAUACGUCUACAUCAAAAUAGUACAGUGUAUAUUGUACUUGCAUAUAAUAACUAUCUAUCCAAUAGGCCUGUCAUGCAUUACACAGAGAUCUAGGCGUCUCCCUGUCCUUCUCAAAACCUCAUGGAGCAUCUCACGGAUUAUGCUUCGCAAGAAUUCCUCGACAGUUUUGGGUGAUUUUUCAUUAGUCUUGCGCAGAUAUUGAGCCCCGUGGGACUCGCAUAUGCCCCAUAAUGAGAUGUGUGGUCUGGGAAAGUUUGAGCUUCGUGGUUGCCACCUCCGUAUGGCUGGAGAUGUUGCUGGGCCACGCUAAAUAAGCCACCUCGAAGUUGUUCUUCAAGGAAUCCAUACACCCGAACAGCGAAGUGUGCUGCUGAUGUAAACACAGAUAGCCAGUGAUAGCUUUGUCUUCGAGCUGAGGUGCUGACAUCAUUUUGGCCGUGCGGCUCUAGGCGCUACAGUCUGGAACCGAGCGACCGUUACGGUCGCAGGUUCGAAUCCUGCCUCGGGCAUUGGUGUGUGUGAUGUCCUUAGAUUAGUUAGGUUUAAUUAGUUCUAAGUUCUAGGCGACUGGUGACCUCAGAAGUUAAGCCGCAAAGUGCUCAGCGCCAUUUGAACUUUUUUUUUUUUUUGCAUAAUUUGGAUGGAUACCAACAAAUUAUUUCCCAAAUUCUACGAAUUAAAGAGUGAUUUGGAGACUUGCUCAACUGCCGUAGACAUCAAGCAUUACAGCGAGCAUGUGGCGCCAGAGAAAUAGAUACGAUUGGCUGGCAGCUGACCACUACUAUUCCACCCAGAUAAACGUCAGUCACAAAGCUGCUUUAAUCGAAGCAUAGCCAAGAUUUCCCAGGAAACUUUGAAACCUCUCUCCCAUAACACUCUCACAGAUCCAAGCAGGUAACGAGCUCGGCCACAGCACCGAAACUGUCGCUGCAACUAAUCGUGACACGUUUUGCAAUUUCCUGAAAUGUCAGUGCAUCGUGUCCUGUCGAAAUAUUCCGUUCAUGCUAGCGAUACGCUUUUUCAACAUCGGAGAGUUAUUAAACGAAAAGUUUCUACUUUCCAGAGAUCAAAUCUGAAAGCAUGUUCAAGAAAUCAUUGAGUGGGAAUGUUACAGUAAAUAGACGAGAUCAUUUGUGUACAAAUUGGGAACGAAUACGUACUCUAAUCUUCUCAGCUGUGUAUAGCAAUGGUACAGUUUUUCGUUAGUAUCUUGACUGAAAAGCAGAACAUCAGGGCUACGGAAUUCGCAAAGAAAUGCAUGACAGAAUAUUCUGGUGCGAUAUUCACCGACACGGACAUACAAUAGGACGUCUGAAGAGAUUGUAAAAAUUUAAUCUUGAUAUAGGACAGCAUCAAUUCGGCGAUUAUUACUUAGGGCGGGGGAACGACGACCUGAAAUCCAAAUCGAUACACAUUUCAUGAAGUCUGCAGAAGAUUCCUAAUGUUAUCCUAUGAUUCACGUGAAUCCUUACAAACCCGUACUCCCUCAAAUACUAUCCUUAUUUAUGACAUUCCACCAUGACGAUAACUUGGGAACAGAAGAUGUUACAACCUGGAAGGCAGAUGUGGAGUCCUUUUCCCUUCCUAUGUUGUCUAACGUACUGCAUUGCUAAGAAUAUUUAAUUUUAAAGAUACAUCAGAAGAACAUAUAAUGUCUCGUUGAAGUGGAGUAUCUGUGCAAAAUUUUUCACUGCUUCAUAGAUAAGAAACUAUGACUGUGGUUUGUAGAUUUUAAAGCUAGUUAAUUUUAUAUGAAAUAAACUGAAAAAUAAUGUGCCAAUUUAAUCCAA